CUCUCUCUUUCAUCACAUUCUCUCUUCCUGUCUCUCUUGUCUCUUGAUCGUAGCUCUGGCACAAACCGCGGCGAUGCGCCGGCCCAUCCUCAUCACAGGCUCCACCGGCAAACAAGGGCGGGCGCUGAUCCGGGCGCUGCUGCACGGUCUGCCCCCCAUCAUGCCCAGCGCCGAAGAUGAAUAUCGCAUCUACGCGCUGACGCGCUCGAGCUCGAGCGCGGCUGCGAAAGCAUUACGGGAGUCGGAGAAUGAAGAGCGGCUGCAGAUCGUAGAGGGCGAUCUGGACGAUCGGGAGAGCAUCGUGCGGAUCUUUGAGAGGGUGAGCGGGGAGGAGGGCGGCUUCUGGGGAGUCUACUGCGUGCUUGAGUUUCCGGGCCUGGGCGCGGAUGCUACGGGGGAGGAGAGAAGGGGGAAGUUGCUUGCAGAUCUAGCGCUCAAGUAUAAAGUCCAAGCAUACAUAUACUCGAGCGCCAUGAGAUCAGGUCCUGAACAUGAGGAUACACUUAUUCUUUCUGGACGUGCGAAAGCAAAUGUGGAGAAUUACUGCAUGGUUUUGGGUGAGAAGGGGUUGCCUUGGACGAUUUUAAGACCCGGAUUUUUCAUGGAGAACUUCGAUGAUUUCCUAGGGAGCAUCGCAGUCGGUGUUUUGAAAAGCGGCUUGAAGAAGGAGACUACAAUCGGGAUAGUGGCUUCUGAAGAUAUCGGGUACGUCGCAGCAGGAGUCUUUAGGCAUCAUGAGAUGUACCGCCAGAAGAUCCUGACCCUGGUCUCUGAAUUUGCAACCAUGACACAGCUAGAAGACUCCUACCAGCGGGCUCUAGGGAAACCCCUCCCCUCCGUCCCGGCUGCUGUCGCAUGGCCCAUUAUGAAGAUGAACAAGAUGAUCAGAUGGCUGAUCAAUGAUCUGGAAAAGAGCCACCGUGCAAGAGUCGAGGGUGAAUACCCACAGCUUGAGAAUGAGGUGAGCCUGGCGAAUGAAGUAUUUGAGAUAAGGAUGAUGAGGACCUAUUACGACUGGCUGCGGACAAGGAAGAGACAAAGAAGAAUGGAGAGACUCGGAGAGUCAAGGAGCAGAAAGGCCAAGUGGAAUCAGUUGAGUUUGGGGAAGUUGCUUACGGGAAGAGCUUGAGGCCAUCCAUGGAAUAGGAGUCUGGAGUCUUGGUUUGGAAGUGUAGCUGUUCCACAAUCGAGACGUGAAGCAGAUCAAUAGAGACAAGGCUAACAUGCCAACAAAUCAACUCACUCAUCUUUG